UGGAACCGGCCCGUACCUCUCCUCCUUUGCCUUCUCUAAACAACCUCAUUCCCCACCCCCUGCCUCAGGGAGCUUCCAGGCCCAGGUGUCUGAGACCCGAGCCCGCAGCCGGCCGUCUGAAGCGUCGGGUGAAGCGCCGCCCUGCCCCACCUCAGUGCGUGCACACCUCCGCCCCGCUCAACAAGUGCCUUGGGGUGUGUUUUCCGGCCCCGGCUCCGUAGGACUGUGGGCGGAGGCAAAAGUGUGCGCGGGGUGGUCACCUGACCCGCCUCUCCCGGUUCCCUCCGCUCGCCGGGAAAGGAGGAGGUCCAGGUGGGGAAGAGCCGAGGGCGGAGCUCCUUGCUCAGGUUUCAGUUUCCCUCCCGGCAGGCUGGGAGAAGGUGGAUUCUAAGGCGGGUAGUCUCAGCAGCCAUAACCAGCAGACCACAGCCUUCAGGCAUCCUGUGAGUGGGCAGUUUUCUCCAGAAAAUAGUGAAUUUAUUCUUCAAGAAGAAGAGCCAAAUCCACAUAUGUCGAAGCAAGAGAGAAACCAAAGACCGUCCAGCAUGGUCAGUGAAACGUCCACGGCGGGGACCACUUCCACCGUGGAGGCCAAGCCUGGCCCCAAGAUCAUUAAGUCCAGCAAUAAAGUCCACAGCUUUGGGAAGAGGGACCAGGCCAUUCGGAGGAACCCCAAUGUUCCAGUGGUGGUGAGGGGCUGGCUGCACAAGCAGGACAGUUCUGGGAUGAGGCUGUGGAAAAGGAGGUGGUUUGUGCUUGCUGAUUAUUGCUUGUUUUACUAUAAAGACAGCCGAGAAGAAGUGGUCCUUGGGAGCAUCCCUCUGCCCAGCUACGUGAUCUCACCGGUGGCCCCUGAGGAUCGCAUAAGUCGCAAGUAUUCCUUUAAGGCUGUGCACACUGGGAUGCGGGCUCUCAUCUAUAAUAACUCUCAGGCCGAGCAGUCAGGCAUGAGAACCUACUACUUCAGCGCCGACACCCAGGAGGACAUGAAUGCUUGGGUCCGGGCCAUGAACCAGGCUGCGCAGGUGCUGUCUCGAUCGUCACUGAAGAGGGACACGGAGAAGGUGGAGCGGCAGGCGGUCCCCCAGGCCAACCACACAGAGUCCUGUCGAGAGUGUGGCCGCGUGGGACCUGGACAUGCGAGGGAUUGUCCUCACCGCAGCCACGAGGAUUCCUUUGGAUUCGAGAGGCGGGAGCAGGAGGAAGACCGGUACCGCUCCAGGGACCCACUGGAGGGCAAGCGGGACAGGAACAAGGCCAGGUCCCCAUACUCACAAGUCGAAGAGGACGCCUUGUUCGUGGAUUUACCCAGCGGCCCGAGAGGCCAGCAGGCUCAGCCCCAGCGGGCGGAGAGGAACGGAGUGCUGCCCGUCACGUCUGGCCCGGGAGAGCAGAAUGGGACUGCCGGGUACCAGCGGGCCUUCCCUUCCAGGACCAACCCUGAGAAGCACAGCCAGAGGAAGAGUAGCCUGGCCCAAGUGGAGCAGUGGGCAAAGGCCCAGAAAGGGGACGGCAGGAGCCUGCCCCCGGAGCAGACCCUCCCUCGCCAGGGCCCCAGCCAGCACCUGUCCUUCCCAGAAAACUACCAGACCCUUCCGAGGAGCAGCCGCCACCCCUCGGGGGGCUCUUCGCCCCCUCCCCGCAACCUGCCGAGCGACUACAAGUACGCGCAGGACCGAGCCAGCCACCUGAAGAUGUCGAGCGAGGAGCGCCGGGCGCACCGGGACGGCACCGUGUGGCAGCUCUACGAGUGGCAGCAGCGCCAGCAGUUCCGGCACGGCAGCCCCACGGCCCCCAUCUGCGCCGGCUCCCCGGAGUUCGCCGAGCAGGGCCGGAGCAGGAGCAUGUUAGAGGUGCCCCGCUCCAUCUCCGUGCCUCCGUCUCCCUCGGACCUCCCUCCCCCGGGACCCCCGAGGGCCUUCCCACCCCGGCGGCCCCACACGCCGGCAGAGAGGGUCACUGUGAAGCCACCGGACCAGAGGAUGAGCGUAGACAUCUCGCUGGGGGGUUCUCCCAGGAAGGCAUGGGGCCCCACCACCAAGAACUCCUCUCAUGUGGACCGACGCUCCAUGCCCUCCAUGGGUUACAUGACCCACACUGUCAGCGCUCCCAGUUUACACGGAAAAUCGGCUGACGAUACCUACCUCCAGCUGAAGAAAGACCUGGAGUACCUGGACCUAAAGAUAAAAAAUAAUGAACCUUUGAUCAACGUGCUUUACAAAGUGCUGAAGAAGUCAGCACGGGGCUGUCGGCCCAGGAGAAGCAUGACAGGCCGGGAUCUCCUCAAGGACCGAAGUCUAAAGCCGGUGAAGAUUGCCGAGAGUGACAUUGACGUCAAGCUGAGCGUCUUCUGUGAACAAGAUAGGGUCCUCCAGGACUUGGAAGACAAGAUACGAGCCCUUAAGGAGAACAAAGACCAGCUAGAGUCGGUGCUGGAGGUGUUGCACAGACAGAUGGAGCAGUACCGAGACCAGCCCCAGCACCUGGAGAAGAUCGCCUACCAGCAGAGGCUGCUGCAAGAGGACCUUGUCCACAUCCGGGCCGAGCUCUCCAGAGAGUCCACUGAGAUGGAAAAUGCUUGGAAUGAGUACCUAAAGCUAGAAAGAGAUGUGGAGCAGCUAAAGCAGACCCUGCAGGAGCAACACAGAAGAGCCUUUUUCUUCCAGGAGAAAUCGCAGAUACAGAAGGAUCUCUGGAGGAUUGAAGACGUCAUUGCAGGCCUGAGUGCAAAUAAAGAGAACUUCAGAAUCCUGGUGGAAUCGGUCAAAAAUCCAGAGAGAAAAACGGUGCCUUUGCUUCCUCACCCGCCUGUGCCUUCACUCUCAACCUCUGAGAGCAAGCCGCCCCCGCAGCCCAGCCCUCCCACCAGCCCCGUGCGGACCCCUCUGGAGGUUCGACUCUUCCCCCAGCUGCAAACCUACGUGCCGUACCGACCUCACCCGCCCCAGCUGAGGAAGGUGACGUCCCCCCUUCAGUCACCAACCAAGACCAAGCCCAAAGUGGAAGAUGAGGCACCUCCCAGGCCCCCGCUCCCUGAGCUCUACAGCCCGGAGGACCAGCCCCCAGCCGUGCCCCCGCUGCCGAGGGAGGCCACCAUCAUCCGGCACACUUCAGUGAGGGGCCUCAAGCGGCAGUCGGACGAGAGGAAGCGAGAUCGGGAGCAGGGACAGUGUGUCAACGGGGACUCCAGGGUGGAGCUCCGGUCGUACGUCAGCGAGCCAGAGCUGGCCACCUUCAGCGGGGACACGACCCCAUCCUCCCUGGGCCUCGUGGGCUCUGAGAGCAGGUACCAGACGCUGCCAGGCAGAGGCCUCUCGGGGUCCAUGUCAAGGCUCCAGCAAUCAUCCACUAUUGCUCCCUACGUCACCCUCCGGAGGGGUCUAGAUGCCGAAAGCAGCAAGAUGACCUACCCUAGACCCAAGAGUGCCUUGGAGCGCCUGUACUCAGGAGACCACCAGCGGGGCAAGAUGAGUGCGGAGGAGCAGCUGGAGCGCAUGAAGCGGCACCAGAAGGCGCUGGUCCGGGAGCGCAAGAGGACGCUGAGCCAAGGAGAGAGGACGGGGCUGCCCUCGUCCCGCUACCUCAGCCAACCGCUCCCGGGAGACCUCGGCUCAUGGAAGCGUGAGCAGGACUUUGACCUGCAGCUGCUGGAACGGGCUGUACAAGGGGACAGAAAGGACAAGGAAGAGAAUGGCUGGCUGAAGGUGCAGGCCAUGCCUGUCACUGAAUUGGACCUGGAACCACAAGACUAUGACGUGGACAUCAGCAGAGAGCUCUCCAAACCAGAGAAGGUCUCCAUCCCCGAGCGUUAUGUGGAGCUGGAUCCUGAAGAGCCGCCCAGCCUGGAGGAGCUGCAGGCGCGGUACCGCAAAGCUGAGAAGAUCCGUAACAUCCUCACCCGGUCCAGCAUGUGCAAUCUGCAGCCGACCGCCAGCCAGGACCGGAACAGCGUGGCAGACCUGGACUCGCAGCUGCAGGAGCAGGAGCGUAUCAUCAACAUCUCCUAUGCCCUGGCCUCGGAGGCCUCCCAGCGCAGCAAGCAGGUGGCAGCGCAGCAGCUGGCCCUCCUCCCGCCUAAAGCCCCCCUGUCCUCCAGGACCGUGCCACCUUACCCCCCCUUAAGCAACGGACUCCACUACACCUUUGUCUAACACCUUCCAACCCAGGCAGUGACUGACCCGUGAUCCAGCACACACAGAAGUCUGGAGCCAGGGGCCAGCAGAACCAGUUUCCUCCGAGAAGAUCCAUCCUUCUUGCACCAAGGAAACCCCUUCCAGCUAAGCGGGGGUUCAGCCUGGAGGAUGGAGUAGCCCGUCAGCUGUGGGGCGUCCAUCACAGGGCGAGGUCCUAACCCCCCUGCUUGUUUUAGUUCAGACUCCUUUUACAUAUGACAAAGGCACUUUUGAUACACACUGUACAAUACUGAUGCUGUAUUUUAGAAUCAGGAUGUAUUUUAUAAUGUUCACCUCAAGGGCUCAGUGGCCGAGAAGGUGAGGAUGCAAGAUUUUGGAGCUGCACACAGAUUCAGGUAUCAUGGGGUGGUGGGUGGGGGUGGGGCCGAAGGGCAGGGUGAGCAGAAGGCAGUCCAGCAUCUGCUGAACGCAGGCGAGCUUGGAUGGGAGACAUGCUGCCAGUGGAUUCCAGUGUGGGCUCACUGGCGUGCUGUCCAGGGCAGUGGUCAGCCGUCCCUGAUCUUGACCGCCUGAUGGCCAGCUCUGGAGGGUGAAGCUCCACCGAGACAGAGCCCAAGUCUGUGCCUCGGCCUUGGGUCUGCCUUAGGCCCAACAACGUGUCUAAGAACUUUGGUUCCCAACCCGCCCAUGAGGUUCUCUCAGCAAAGGGCUCUUCUCAAAAAUAAAAAAAGUUUGCUUUAAUUAAAAAAAAAAAAAGAAAUACAGAACACUUUGAAAUACAGAAAAGGUGAGAAGAGCAUCUUCGUCUUGUAUCAUAAGCAAUAAACAUCACACCGGGUGGCAUCUAUCUGCAAUUCCCUGUGUCCACACUAGGCUGUGAUAGUGAUCCUGGGACCUUUGCAGCCUGCCCCUCAGAACACAGGUCAGCUUCCCAGGACUUGGGUCAGUGGCUGGAGGGCAGGCAGUGAGUCCCCACCAUCUCUGAUGGCCAGCAAGGCCAUGAUGGCAGAAUGAUGACUUGACUUCCAGCCUAAAAUGGGGAAGGGGCCACCAGACCAGCUGCCGUGUUUGUGGCCCUUUAUAUGAGUCGUGAGCUCAUGAUAGUCUGCAUACAGAAAAUGAGGUUGAAAAGGAAAAAAAACAAAAAACCUCCGUUGGGUAGAGCCACACUUUAAAUGAAAAUUGGUCUUUGACUAUGGUCAGAAAAAUAAUCUUGAAUAUAUUUAGAAGUUGCCGUCUAUUUUUAACUAACUCCAUAUGCUGCCAGUAUCGACUUCAUGACAUUUGCCAAAAUAAGAUUUUAUUUUUGCCUUUAUAAGAUUUUGUUGGAAAAAUGAAAUGAGUAUUUUGCAAGAAAAAGUUAAUUUAAAAAAGAAGUGUAAUGGUUUGCAAAAAAAAAAAUGUGAUGUACAGAUUAAAGUAUUAACCUGGUACA